CUGUAAAGUCUGAUUUAUAGCGAAGUGAUACCAAACUUCCUUCUGAGACUUUUAGACAUAAUUUAUGGGUACUUAUUAUUUCAUUUCUAAGUUGAACAGAGAAUAAAAUGGAAGUGCAAUUAGCCAACCACCUUUUCCCGAUUUGACUAUCCUUUUUCAUUUUACGGCUUUUAAAUACCAUUUUGCUUAUUAGUAUUUGCCAAUUGACUUUCUAGUUACUAAUACGAUUACUCCUACUUAUUGCUGAUUCAGAUUGGUUUAUACCCAAGUUUGAUUAAUGGCGGGGCUGAUUGGGAGUGGAGGAUGCGGGGGGUCUUCCUCUUCUUCCUCGGUGAUGUCCCCUGCUGCCCAUAUCCACAGCAUACCCGGGGAAGUGCUGGAGACUGUGUUUGCUUUUCUGGACCCCCUCGCCGCACUCGCCUGCGAGAGGGUGUGUGGGAGAUGGAAGGAACUGCUGGUUGGCUUCUGGCUGCGCCGGCUGUUGCGGCUGGAGUACCAUGCGCAGAAGUUCAGUCUGGAAGCAUUUGGACACCUGGUGAGGGGCGAGGAGUAUGGGCCAGUGUGGUGGGCACAGAUGAAGAGACUCAUCACUCUGGAGAGUGCCCUGGACAGAGUUCAACACGCACCCAUACCCAAGAAGGAAUACCAGUUCAAAUUGUCUAACGUGGGCAUGGCUAGUAUCGGGGGACGUCAUGUUUGUGGACCGUACCUGCUAGUGAUCAAUCUGGUCGCCAACACCACCCCCUCCCCACCCUCAAAUAGCAACAACAGUCCGGCAACAUCCCCAACAGGGGGUGUACAUAGUCCCAAUGACAGCUACACGACCAGAGACAAAUUCAGGUGGACAGUGCAGUCUGUGAACAACUCUACGAGUAGUGUUGCUGGUGGGAGUCAAGGGAGUUCAACGGGAGGCGGAGGUAGUCAGAUGCGGAAGAUGAGCAAGAGUCCCAGCUGUAUCUGGCAGCUCAACAUAUACCACAUUAUCACCGGGAAGCUGAUCAAGACAGUUCCCAAUAUCAACAUGGUGCAACCCUGCAUAGCAGGCUGCUGCUUCGAAGACCCCACCAAGGAUCCAUCUGAUGGGAGCUCCUCGGGUGGGGGUGGUGGAGGGGGAGGGUCCACAAAUGGGGGCGACAGGGGGGACUCCAGUCAGCAGACGAACUCUUUUUCGUCUAUUUCUGCGUCCUCCUCGUCCACUAGCAGUCUUUUUGCCAGUAUUCUGAAGAGAAACAGCGGAAAUAGCAGCAGCAGAAACAAACAGUUUCUAAACUCCAAAAUAUCAGCUGUAGUGUUGUUUGAACGAGACCGUGCGACCAAUCAGAGCAAAAUAGUGGUAGUCAAGGCACCCCUGGGAAACCCGAACAACAUUAAAGAUACUAGCAGCAGUAGUAGUUCCCCCUUCUCGCCCCUGUGGGGGGACAUGGACAACGAUGACUCGGACGACGGCGACUGUCUGACUGCCAAUGAGUUCCUGAAGAGGAGCAUGAGUGACCAGUCGGCGGCUGCUGCAGCUGCUGCCAUGCCAGGCACCACCGCACCCAUCGGUCUACGGGAGUACUUCUUCUCGACUGAGUUCAAGAAGAGUCAGAGUACUAUUCGAGUGUUUGACCAUCUGCUGGUGGCCACGUUCAGACACGAGGAGAAGGCACAGACGGAGUUGCAGCUGCAUCACAUUUUGGAUUGUGGCCACAGACUCAGAGAGUGGAAGCGCUGGACUGUGCCAGAACAGGUGUGGCGAGUGGAGUUCAAGGACGAGAAUGUGUUGGCGUUGGCCUGUAGGACCAAGGUGCUCUUCUUCAACCACCUCCAUGGCUCCUACCACACAGUCUACUCCACCUCCUCCCACAUACCCAAGACCAGACUGUUCAUUGGCAUGCACCACGUCAUGUUCGCAUCAGACUACGGAAGCAAACCAGCCGUGAUUCUGCCCAUUCUCAACUCAGACAGUGUGCAUGUAGCCGGCAACUUACAACUGCAGACCCCCUCCAACCCCUCAACAAGUAGCAACAACACUACAGCUACAAACAGUGCAAAUACAACUAGCAGUUCCUCCUCUUUGCGCCCCUCGAGCGUGAAAUCUCUGUCCAAUUCCUUCAGUGCCAAAUUAAACAUUCAGUGCAAUAGCAGCAGCAGUGGACUAGCCGGUGCAUCAUUCUCCUCCUCCUCGACUGUCCCUCACCAGUGUGGAAUGGGUUCAGGGGCAGGGGGAGGUUGUGGGGUGAUGAGUCAUUGUGAGGCUGUGAUGAUUGACAGUAUCACCUGGAGGGAUUUGAGUUUCAAGUCUGCCUCCAUUGGGUCUACAGUUUUAGUGGACAGCCCAGACGAGAACCAGUUCACACUGAUGAACCUGGACUACCCGACUGUGCGUCUGGACUACCCCCACCCGAACAUCAACACGAGGGAGUGUGAGUUGUGCGGCAUAUCCAUUGUGGGCCACCAUCUAGUGGUUGUCUUGCGCAACUUCAAGCAGAACUACUGCCACAUAGUCAAACUCAACCUCCUCCGACCACUCCAAAGCAACACCUGAACAGGAGUCUAUCUGAUCAGAGAAAGAGAGAGAAAGCGAGAGAAAGAAAGAGUAAUCGAGCAUGUGAUCAAACUGAACUGCCUAUCUAGAUGGACCCGUGAUAAAACUGAUGGAUUUAUCUGACAAACUUAACUAGCUUUAAAUGAAGAUGAUUUUUCUAGUCUACUUAAUGAUAACUGAAUGUGCAUAAGAACCGCCACCUUCAUUAAUCUCUUCCUAUCUCCUAUGCUGUAAAAUCACUCCGAUAGAAAUCGAACGCUUUAUGGUGCUUAUUCUGAUAAUAAAUGAUAGUUGUAGCCUCGAAUUGCCUCUAAUAAGAUGGUAGUAGGAAAAUAAGGAUUGACGAAUGUUGAUAAUAAUCUGGCUAUAAUGUUUAAAUAUAUAUAUUAGAUGCAAAUGACUAGUUUCAUUAAUCGGGUUCUUCGAAGUAAUUGA